AUUUGCAUGCCACUAAAAACUAUACAUCAAAGUAAAAUUGAAUAAAUUAUGAUUAUGAAUAAUUUUAGCUAUAAGCUGUGAUAUUUUGUGUUAUAUUGUGAUUGAUGUGGUAACUAUUGUAACUCUCAACUUAAACUAUUGCCCUUUAUAAACACACGUCCGUUGUAUCUAUCUAUCUCUCUCUAUCUCUCUUUCUCUUUUCUUCCUGUCUGUGCCUUCAUUUUCUUUGCAUCAGUAUUGUUCAACUUGAUACAAAAAUUAAAAAAAAAGCCCAUUGGCCUAAUGCGCAUUUAAACCGUUAACGAACACAAAUUCUAAUUGGAAUACGCGGAGUUAAAAACUGAUAAGAAAAAGCCAGGAUAUGGCGCCUUUUAAGCUCAAGUUUCGGAUGGGCAGCUCGCGGAGCACGAACACAUCGCAAGAACACGAUCCGGAUCCGACCGUGAACGAGGCACUUCUUGGCACACAGCAGCAGGAACAGGAACAACAACAGCAGCAGCAACAGCAACAUCAGCAGCAGCAACAACAACAACAGGCUGUUGGUGCAAGCAGUUCCACCAUUGAUUCAGUGGAUUGCAACAGUCUUGGUUCAAUGAGCGAACGGAAGCUGCUGUUGCCAUCAAAUUCAAAUAAAGCUGUCAAUAAUACCAACAGUAUGCGUAUGGGCUAUGUCAACCCGAGUCGCACACCGUGCAUCAGCGCAGCAACAACGGCAGCGGAUAGCAACAACGUGCCUACUACCCCGCCGCCCACUUAUGAGUAUGUCCUAGAGGAGAACACAAGGCUCUCGCAGCACCAGAGGCAGCUGUCGUCGGACAACAGUGCCACGCCCAAUCAGAACAGUCGACGUAGCUCGGCAAAUAGCUCGAGGCAGAGCGCUGCUCAGUUGAGCGCCGCCCUGGAGCAGCUGACCCUAAAUGACAGCAGCAACAAUAGCAACUGCAACAGCGACAGCGACAGCAACGAAAUUUGCAACGAUCCAGAUUGCCAGCAGAACUACAACAACGGCGGCAAUUGUGGCAGCAACGGCCGCAACAACAACAACAAUAGCAACCAGCAUAACAACAAUAACAACAACAACGAGGACGGAGAAGUGGAUCAACUGGAGCAGCAGGCCCAUCCGUCGCGCAUCAUUGAGGGCGUCACCGAGCUGGAGCUGGAGAACAGCGAAGAGUGCACGCUGAGCGUCAACGAAUUUCUAUUGGAAACCGAAAUGGCAGCGGCGCGAGCCAACAAGGAUAAUCUCUAUGCCGCCUGCAGCGAUGGCCAUCAACAACAGCAGCAACGGCAACAGCAGCAGCAGCAACAGUCAUGCACAGAUGCCGAUUGCACAGAGUGCAGCGAGCAGGCGGCUGCCUGUGCACACCUUGGCCUAGAAUCCGAGGAGGAUGGCGAGGAGCCGAGCACCAGCACUGCAGCACGUCACAACUUCUAUGAUCCACUGCUGAACCGCUAUGGCAAUGAACCUGAUUGUUCAAAUGGCGCCGUAUCGGGCAACAAUACACAAUCCUGCAACGAGGCCUGCUGUGCAUCGGGCACGGGCUCUGGCUCUGUUGCCUCUAGAAGCCGUCGCGGACGACGACAGCAGCAACAACAACAGCAACAACAGCAGCAACAACAUGAGCAGAACUGCCUGCUAACGCCGGAGAUGAUGAGCAACAAGGCCUCCAAGGAGAUCUACAAAGAUCUCGCCAAGCAAUGGGGCAUCACAUGCAAAAUGUCAGAGAGCUGUCGCUGCAUGGACUGCCAGAGUCAUUAUUUCGAUUGCGAUUACGAUGAUAACGAACAUCAGAAAACUGAUGGCGGCUUGGGCGCUGGCACGCCCAUGUUUAUUAGCGAGGUAAUGCAUGGAUCUGGCUGUCAGAUACUGUAAAGAGUGCACUUGGUUUGUUUUUGUUUUUGUUUUUUUCUAU